GGACUUUUGCCAAUCAUGUAAUGUUAUUUACACUGUCGCAGAUUCUGUGAUAAAAACCAUGAUCAAUGUAGAUUAUUCUAUGUAAAUAUUUUGAUCAAAUAGGAAUUUCAUUUUAAGCAUGGGAGUGUGCGAUUGUAUUUUUGAACACCAAAUACGAAAUUGAACUUGUUAUUUGUUGCAAAUUAUGUUGCGUAAGUGUUAUUUUAAUGAACGCAAUCUCCUAACAAACAACACUGUUUGGGAGCGUUGUUAUCGUUUGAAAAAAGCCAUCUGCUGUAUAUAUUGUUCAUGUAUAAAUAAAACAAAAAAACAUUUAAAUAGCUGCAAAAAUCAAAGCCAAGCACGGCAACCAGUAGACUGCAAAAAAUGGAAUCAAGAACAACUGCGAUAAAAGUUAGUUUUGAAGAUUUGAACAUUUCAUUUGAAAGCGAAAAUAGUUCCAACAAGCUUCUGGAUAAAAGGAAAGAAAAUAGAAAACAACCUAAAUCAAGGAAGUACAAAAAUAUUCCGUCAUGUUUACCAAAAGAAGACUUGGUUAAAAAAUCUCCUUUGGAAAUCCCGCAACUAGUUGUCAACGAUGCCUGCGAGAAUGAUAAUAGUGAAAGAUCAAAAAAUUCAGGAUUACAAAAACUUGGGAUUACAGUUCAAAAAGAUAAAGCAAAAUCGUUCGUCUCGCGUCUCAGAGCUAAUACCUGGUCACCGAAACAAUCGAGAAGAACUCCUGAAUUUGAUAACAUUGGAUUACUUCACAAAGAGGAGCUUGAAGAAACGGUCGAAGCCGAAGGUCAAUUCCAUGAAAGAACAUGGACCUAUCCAUACGCACUGGGCCAUACAGAAUUAUUAUAUUUACAUAUACCUGGUGAAGAAUGUUUAUCAUCUGAAGAAAUGGAUAAAAUGCCGAGAAUUGAAGAUAAAAACCCUGGAACAAAAGAUCAAAGCUGCAGUCUAUCAGAUACAAAUGAAAACAUGGAAAACCCUAGACCUAAGGACACACGUCCUCGGUGUGAAGAUAUAAAUUUUCGAUUCAAAGGUUUCAUGUCUGGAAUUGACGACAUAGUUCCAACAUUUUACGAAUCUACCUUGGAAAAUCCUAGACAGAAGAGUAUACGUAAUACAUUUGAAGACAGAAAACCCAGAUAUGUGGAUACAAAUUCUAGAUUUGAAGACAAAAGUCCUAGAUAUGAUGAUAGGAGUCCUACAUUUGAGGAUACAAAUCGUAGACUUGAUGUAAUUCCUGGAUUACAGCAUCCUGAUUUUGCAGAUUCUAGAUUUGUGGAUACAAGGAGAAGCAGUAAUGUUAGUCUGAAAAACGGUACUAUAUCAACUGCAAGGUUAUUUCUUCCCCCACAGAAUGAUUGUGAAAAGAAAUCGUGUUGUACACUAUCUCCAAAUUGUACGCGCAAACUUAGGGCUUCUUCGUUCGGGAGUCUGCCUCGGGUGCCGUCGGGAAAACUAAACUUGGUCCAGUCAGGGGUAUGGCAGAGACUUAGAGAUGAGGAUAAUUCUAAAUCAAGAAGUAGAAGCUUUACUCAUUAGUAAGAAGUCUUCGCAUCAAAUAGCUAAAAAAAUUCAGAAACAUUUUUUUGCUUCUCAUUGAGACUGCGGAAUGAAAAAUUUCUAACUUUCCUAUUUCACCUAUUUUUUUGGGAAACGUUGCCCUUUACCAGGAAGGGCAAGGGGGGCAAGGGGGCCCUUUCAAUUUAAAGGAUUGCCUUGCGAAAUAGCGAAUUGUCAGAAAUGUAGUGCAAUUCGCCAAUUCUUUUAUGAAUUCGCUUCAAGAAUAGCACAAUCGCCUGGCGGAGAACCCCCUCACACUCCUAUCAUCCGAUAAAUAGAAAACAUGAUUAGGCGAAGUUAACUCCCGAUGUUUUGCAAACAUCUCUUAGUAUAUAUCAAUUCAAAAGUGCCCUUUCACGAAAAUCUGCCCCCCCCCUGCCUUCACAUCGUUCCGGCGUCCCUGACAAUCGGUCAAUAUGUGCAGUGCUGGAAAAUGGCAGGCAGCGCCAGUAGCAUUGCUGCCAGAAAAUCUUUAACAAAAUAUCUUCGCAGGAAAUGUUCUCACAUCUUGUAGUGAAGUUUAUCAGAAUGUACAGCACAGGUAUAGUCACAGUUUGUGGCUAUAAGGUACGCCAGUGUUCCCCAUACCUUAUAGCCAGGUUUGUGGCUAUAACGUAUGUUUUUGGCACCCUCGCCAUUCCCUGAGAUCUACAUAUGCAGGAAGUUUUAUGUUGGUGUAAUGUACUCA